UUAUUUUUCCAAAACCAAACAAAUUUUAAAGCACCAGUAUAACAAUUUGAAGAACAUAGAUUUUAUUUAUACCUUUUUCAAGGUUUCCAAGUUUUAAUAAUUAACAUAUUGAAAGACAGCUGACUUAGAUCUGUAGUAUCCAUUUACAGAUUUAUUGCAUGAUAUAGUAAAACACAUCAGCUGUUCUGUUUGUUCUUCCAGCCCAAGUAAAGUACCUCUUGAUCAACAGCCUUAGUCUAGCCCAUUGCUUUGCAGUAGAGCUUUCUGUGAUGAUAGAAAUGUAGUAUAUCUACGCUGUGUUGUAUGGUAGCUGUUAGCAUACAUAGCUAUUGCACCCUUUAAAUGUGGUUAGUAUGACUAAGAAAAUGAAUUUUAAUUUUAAUUAAUUUAAAAUUAAUUAGCCACAUGUGGCUAAUAGGUUAUUGGAUAGCAGCACAGGUGUAAUAUCAAAGCUUUCCCCUUUAUAGCUAAGACCUCCUUCCUGGUAUUUUUUCUGGAUCUCAAAGCAUAAGCUUGCGCAUAUGCAUUAGCUUCUGGGAGGGUCCUUGACCUAUUAAAUCAGGCUGUGGAGCAGGAGAGAAGGCUGAACAAAUUUUAAAGAAAAAGAUUUGGAAAGUGAUUGUUACGGUACAACCUAAGUAUUAUACCCAUGAAUAGGAUGAUGAAGUGACUAAAAUGCCUGGAGUUGUCCCGCAGUUUGGAGAAGGAAAAGAAACCAGUACUGGGAUUUUAGCUAGGAAGGGGUUUAAUACUUAAUGUGGAAUUAAGUAUUGUAAAGUUACUGAUAAAAUCUGUCAGGUUCUAGACUGGGCCUUCCAGACCAUCACAGAACUACCAGGGGAACUGUUAGGACCUACUACCUCUGGACCAUGCUGGAAUGACAAGCCUCUUCUUCCACUUCUGCUUUUUGCUGCUCAUUAAGGUGGAGAUUGGAUACUAGUCUAGAGAAGAUCCAGGAUGAGAAGACUGAUAAAGGAAGAAGCUAGCUGAACAGCUAUAAGAUGCCCAAAUCUGGGUUCACAAAACCAGUUCAGAGUGAAAAUUCUGACAGUGACAGCAAUAUGGUAGAGAAACCAUGUGGAAGAAAGAGUAAAGAUAAAAUCACAUCCUACAGCAAAAAUCCGAAAAUCGAUCAAAGUGAUGUGGUCAAGGAAAUGAAAGAGAAAUCAUCCAUGAAACGUAAACUUCCUUUUCCUGUUAGUCCAUCGAGAAAUGAAGAACGAGAUUCAGACACAGAUUCAGACCCAGGACAUACAAGUGAAAAUUGGGGGGAGAGACUUAUAUCUUCUUACAGAACAUACUCAGAGAAAGAAGGCCCAGAAAAGAAGAAAACAAAAAAGGAAGCUGCAAGUAAGAAAUCCACACCAGUUAGCAUUCUUUUUGGUUAUCCACUUUCUGAGCGAAAGCAGAUGGCACUCCUUAUGCAGAUGACAGCAAGGGACAACAGUCCAGAUACCACCCCAAAUCACCUGUCACAAACAACACCGGCCCCAAAGAAAACUCCCAGUUCCUCAUCUCGACAGAAAGAUAAAGUUAAUAAAAGAAACGAACGUGGUGAAACUCCCUUACACAUGGCAGCUAUUCGAGGAGAUGUGAAACAAGUCAAAGAAUUAAUAAGUUUAGGGGCAAAUGUGAAUGUGAAAGAUUUUGCAGGUUGGACACCACUGCAUGAGGCUUGCAAUGUUGGAUAUUAUGAUGUUGCUAAGCUACUUAUAGCAGCUGGAGCAGAUGUUAAUACACAAGGAUUAGAUGAUGACACUCCACUCCAUGAUUCUGCUAGUAGUGGGCACAGAGAUAUAGUAAAACUAUUACUUCGUCAUGGUGGAAAUCCAUUUCAAGCAAACAAACAUGGGGAGCGUCCAGUGGAUGUAGCAGAAACAGAGGAGUUGGAGUUGCUGCUAAAGAGAGAGGUGCCUUUUUCUGAUGAUGAUGAAAGUUACACAGAUUCUGAGGAGGCUCAGUCUAUAAAUCCUUCCAGUGUGGAUGAAAAUAUUGACUCGGAAACAGAAAAAGACUCUCUCAUCUGCGAAAGUAAACAGAUAAUUCCCAGCAAAGCACCUCUUUCAUCUGCCCUUGAUGAGUAUGAGUUCAAAGAUGAUGAUGAUGAAGAAAUAAAUAAAAUGAUUGAUGAUAGGCAUAUUCUUAGGAAAGAGCUACGAAAAGAGAAUGAAUCUGAAGUAGAAAAGAAUAGUAUAUUUGCAAAACAGGAAAAAACAGCUUUCUAUCCUAAGUCAUUUAAAGGCAAAAAACAGAAGCCAUCUAGGGUUUUGUAUUCAAGUUCUGAAAGUUCAGAUGAAGAAAUUCUUCAGAGCAAAAAGCUUUCUGCUCCAUGUUCUGUCCCUGAAACAUCAAAUUCUGAUCUACAAACCAGAAAGGAAUAUGUGGUUUCAGAUGAACAGAAACAGAAAGGCAAAGUUAAAAGAAAAUUAAAGAACCAGAACAAAAACAAAGAGAACCAAGAGCUGAAACAAGAAAAAGAAGGGAAGGAAAACACCAGAGCAACAAACUUGACAGUUAAUACUGCCUUAGAUUGCUCAGACAAGACCAGAGAAGAGGGGAAUUUUAGGAAAUCUUUUAGCCCAAAAGAUGAUACUUCAUUACAUUUAUUUCAUAUUUCCACUGGUAAAUCUCCAAAACAUUCUUGUGGACUAAGUGAAAAGCAGUCAACACCACUAAAACAAGAACAUACUAAAACAUGUUUAUCACCAGGAAGUUCUGAAAUGUCUUUUCAGUCUGAUCUUGUUCGGUAUGAUAACACAGAAUCUGAAUUCUUGCCAGAAAAUUCAAGUGUAAAAUCUAAGCAUAAAGACAAGAGCAAGCACCAGAAAGAUUUCCACUUAGAACCUGGUGAAAAAUCAAAUACCAAAAUAAAGGAUGAAGAUCAUAGUCCAGCUUAUGAAAAUUCAGAUUGCACACUGAAAAAAAUGGAUAGAGAGGGUAAAACGUUAAAAAAGCAUAAAUUGAAACAUAAAGAAAGAGAAAAAGAAAAGCAUAAAAAGGACAUUGAUGGCGAAAAGGAAAAAUACAAAAAUAAGGAUGGUGCCAAAGAGCUGCAGAGGAGUGUGGAAUUUGAUAGAGAAUUUUGGAAAGAGAACUUUUUUAAAAGUGAUGAAACGGAAGAUCUGUUUUUAAAUACGGAGCAUGAGUCCCUAACCUUAGAAAAAAAAUCGAAGUUGGAUAAAAACAUAAGAGAAGAUAGAUCAACCAAGGAAAAGCAUAUCUCAAAAGAGAGGAAUUUUAAAGAAGAACAGGAAAAGAUUAAAAAAGAAAAUGAGAAAUCUUUAAAGGAGGAAAAAAUAAAAGAUUUGAAAGAAGAAAGAAAUAAUGUACCCACAGAUAAAGAAACAGAACUCAGUUCAUUGGGUGUAAGUACCAAAGAAGAAUCUACAGGGUUACAUUCAGUAGAAAAGGAAGUGGACAUUGAAAAACAAGAAAAGCAUAUAAGAGAAAGUAAGGAAAAAUCUGAGAAAAGAUUUCAAGCCAAAGAAAAAGAUAUUGAGAAAACAGAUAGAAGAAAUUCUGAAAAAGAGAAAAAAAUGAAGCAUGACCAUAAGUCAGAGAAAGAUAAAUUAGAUCUUAAUGAAUCUGGUGAUAGAGUAAAAGAAAAAGACAAGCUAUAUUCGCAUCACCAAGAGAAAUGUCAUAAAGAAGGAGAGAAAAUUAAAAAUGUUACUACUCUUAAAAAAUCUGAUGACAGAGAGAAGAGUAGAGAGAAGAUAGAUAGAAAACAUGACAAAGAAAAACCUGAAAAAGAGAAGCAUCUAGCUGAAAGCAAAGAGAAGCACUUGAUGGAGAAAAAAAAUAAACAAUCAGAUAGUAGUGAAUAUACAAAAUCAGAAAAAGGCAAAAAUAAAGAAAAAGACAGGGAGAUAGAUAAAAAGGAAAAAUCUAGAGAUAAAGAAAGUGUAAACAUAACUAACUCCAAACACUUACAGGAAGAGAAAAGGUCAGGUGUAGCAGACAAUAGUAAAACACAACAUGAAAAAACUUUAUCCUUUAAAGAAAAAACAAAAGAUGAACCUUUGAAAACUCCAGAUGGAAAAGAAAAAGAUAAAAAAGAUAUAGACAGAUACAAAGAACGAGACAAACAUAAGGAUAAAAUUCAACUAAAUAGUUUACUCAAAUUAAAAUCUGAAACAGAGAAGCCCAAACCUAAGUCAUCACCAGCAUCAAAAGAGUCUCGACCUAAAGAAAAGAGGUUAGUGAAUGAUGAUUUAAUGCAGACAAGUUUUGAAAGAAUGCUAAGCCUUAAAGACCUAGAAAUAGAACAGUGGCACAAAAAGCAUAAGGAAAAAAUUAAACAAAAAGAAAAGGAACGGUUGAGAAACCGUAAUUGUUUAGAACUUAAGAUAAAAGAUAAAGAAAAAACAAAGCAUUUGUUAGCUGAAUCCAAAAAUAAAGAACCUACUAGGUCAAAGAGUUCAGAGUCGACUGAUUCAUAUACCAAGGAGAGACAACCUAAAGAUGUAAGUAACAGAUCACAGUCUGUAGACACCAAAAAUAUAAUGAAUUUGGGGAGGUCGUCCUUUGUUUCAGAUAAUAACUUAAACAGGUCUCCGAGAUCAGAAAGUGAAAAGCCAGGUCUCAGCUCCAGAUCUGUAUCCAUGAUUUCAGUUGCUAGCUCAGAAGAUUCCUGCCAUACCACAGUGACAACCCCAAGGCCUCCUGUUGAGUAUGACUCUGACUUUAUGUUAGAGGGUUCGGAUUCCCAAAUGUCCUUUUCCCAGUCACCUUUUCUGCCAAUUGCCAAAUCUCCUGCCCUUCAUGAAAGGGAGUUGGAUAGCCUGGCUGAUCUGCCAGAGCGGGUUAAACCACCAUAUGCAAACAGACUUCCAGCAUCCCAUCUCAGGUCAUCUUCUGUAGAAGAUGUUAAACUAACUAUCAACGAGGGUAGACCCACUGUAGAAGUUCGAAGAUGUAGCAUGCCGUCUCUCAUUUGUGAACAUACAAAACAAUUCCAAACAAUAUCAGAAGAAAGCAAUCAAGAUAGUUUAUUAGCUGUGCCAAGAGAGAUUUGUUCUUCUCCCAAACCUGAGGUAUCCUCAAAUGUGCCUGAAAGAGACCUUUCAAAUGUGUCCAACAUACAUUCCAGUUUUGCAUCCUCUCCAACUAGAUCUGUAAACAGCAAAUAUAUUUCAGCUGAUACAAAUAUUAUGAAAAGUACUGCUUCAAUAAGCACUCUAAUGGAAAGUCCUGUACAUUUUGAGCCAUCUAAUCAGGUUGGUGUGAUCCAAAAUAAGUCAUGGGAGGGACCUGUAGACAGACUGGAGUCAAAUGACUUUACCUGCCCGAAUUCUAGUAUACCUGAUCAAGAUUCCUCAAGUCAGGGUUUUUGUAAUUCUGAAAACAGAAAGUUGAAAGAACAGAAUACUGAUUUUGUAUCUCUGCACCAGUCUGAACUGCCAGGCAAUUCUUCUGCUCAGGAUCCAUCAUCUUUUGUGACUUCACAACAACCUUGCUCUUUACACAGUCAAUCCUUUUCAGAUGCUGAAUCCAUUUCUAAGCAUAUGUCUUUGUUACAUGUUGCCAAACAAGAGCCAGGUAUUUUACAACAAAAAAAUUCAGUUCAGAUGAUCAGUUCUGUUUUAGAUAUUGAUCAUGAAUCAACAAAAGAUAUGGAGAAUACUUUUGUCCCAGAACAUGUUCAAAAAACAGAUGUCUUUGUCUCAGAGGACUGUGAAAGCACCAUUCAAGAAGCAUCACCACAUUUUGAGAAGGCUAAUGCAUUGUCUGAAUUACCAUCAGAAAAGAAUGUUAAUGGAAACGAUGCCUCUUCCCAGCUAAAUGCACAUUAUGCAUUUAGCAGGCUAAUGUAUAAGUCUUCCAAUGGCCAUGGGAUUGAAGAUAAGACAACUGAUAUUCAAGUUAUUUCACAUGAAAAGGAAAACAAAUUGGAGGGUUUGGUUUUAACUUAUUUGAAUAAGUAUGAUUCUGAUUUAUGUGAAGCAAAUGCAGGGAUACCUAAAGGAAACCUAAAUGAACAAGAUAAUCCAAAACAUUGUCCUGAAAGUGAAAAGUGUUUGCUUUCCAUCGAAGAUGAUGAAUCUCAACAAAGCACUUUAUCAAAUCUGGAUAACCAUUCACAGCAUUCCACUCAACCAGAAAUGCAUAAAUAUGGUCAGUUAGUUAAAGUAGAAAUAGAAGAAAAUGCUGAAGAUGAUAAAACUGAAAACCAAAUUCCUCAAAGGAUUACUAGAAACAGAGCAAGUACAAUGGCAAAUCAAAGCAAACAGAUCCUUGCUAGCUGUACACUGUUGUCAGAAAAAGACAGUGAAUCUUCAUCUCCUAGAGGAAGAAUAAGAUUAACUGAAGACGAUGAUCCUCAGGUUCACCAUCCACGGAAAAGGAAAGUGUCACGUGUACCUCAACCUGUGCAAGUGAAUCCCUCUUUGCUACAAGCAAAAGAGAAAACUCAGCAAUCUCUGGCAGCCAUUGUAGACUCUCUGAAACUAGAUGAGAUUCAGCCCUACAGUUCAGAGAGAGCAAAUCCUUAUUUUGAAUACUUGCACAUAAGAAAAAAAAUUGAAGAAAAGCGCAAAUUAUUGUGUAGUGUUAUUCCUCAGGCUCCUCAGUAUUAUGAUGAAUAUGUGACAUUUAAUGGAUCAUAUCUCCUGGAUGGAAACCCCUUAAGCAAGAUUUGUAUUCCCACAAUUACACCACCACCUUCAUUGUCAGAUCCACUUAAAGAGCUUUUUCGGCAACAGGAAGUUGUAAGGAUGAAGUUACGUUUGCAACACAGUAUUGAAAGGGAAAAGCUCAUUGUAUCCAAUGAACAGGAAGUUCUACGAGUUCAUUAUAGAGCUGCAAGAACUUUGGCAAAUCAAACACUGCCAUUUAGUGCUUGUACUGUUUUGCUGGAUGCAGAAGUAUACAAUGUACCACUGGACUCUCAGUCUGAUGACAGUAAAACUUCUGUUAGGGAUCGCUUUAAUGCAAGACAGUUCAUGUCUUGGUUACAAGAUGUGGAUGAUAAAUUUGACAAAUUAAAGACUUGUCUUUUAAUGAGGCAACAACAUGAAGCUGCAGCUUUAAAUGCCGUCCAGAGAUUAGAAUGGCAGCUCAAACUCCAAGAACUUGAUCCUGCCACCUAUAAAUCUAUCAGCAUUUAUGAAAUCCAGGAGUUUUAUGUUCCCCUUGUUGAUGUUAAUGAUGACUUUGAAUUGACUCCUAUAUAACGGCCAUUCCUUCUGGUUGGUGUCGUCCUAAACUGAUGAGGCUUGAGCAUGAUACUGUGGAAUACUGCCUUUUUACAAAAAUACUGAUAUUAUGCCUUCACAAUUGUUAGGAAAGUUUGAUUAAAGUUGGUUAUGUAGUAAACACUGUCAUUUUAUAAAAAGUGAGGAGAAUUACUUUGGAUCUUAGAUCCAAACACAAUUUGUAGCUGAAACUUGUUAUUUAUAUUGGUGAAAGGUAAUUAUUGUGUUUAGGGCAUGACAGCAGACUAUGGUAGAUAUUUAAAAUGUGGAGAAUCUGCUAACAGCGCUGGAAGCUGUUAACAAUCUAAGUAACAAGAUAACCACUAGUAUUGAAAUCUCUUUCAGGUUUUAUUAAAAAUAUAUCAGUAAACUGAAAGGUUCACUUCCUACCAAAUAGUUUCUAAAGUGGAAGAAAAACUUGGCACAAAAAAAUUCUUCAGUUUAAUAUCUGUAAAUUGUACAGGUUUCUUUUUGAAAGUUUUAAUAUUGUCUUCCUUUUUAAUAACUUAUUUUAUACAUAUUGUGCAGAUGUAAAUCUUGUAAUUAAUGGUCAAAAUGUAUACAAAGGGAUUGGUAGUCAAAACAUGUACAAAGAGAUACUUGUAAAACUGUUUUGUCUCAUGUAUUAUUGGACCAAAGUUGUAGUUUAUAUGGAGUGUACUAGUAGUGAGUUCAGGUAGCAAAUCUUUUAAAUAAAGCAUGCAUGUGUUUGAGUUAGCUUAUUUUCAUCACCAUAAUUGUAAAGAUUGUGACUUAGUUGUAUUGCAUGCUUUCUAUAAUUUAACUCUUUCCAUAAUUAAUGACUAAAACAGUGUAAUAUGUUUCAUACUAGUCUUCUGUGAUAGUGCCUAUGACUUACUAUGUUGGACAUAUUAUUUAGGAUUAGGCAUACAAAAAAAAACUUAGCUCUUUUUUCAUCACACAGUAGAGCCUGUUUCUUCCCCCAAAAAUGCCUUUGAGUGAAAAUUCUGAAAUUGUAAAUGUCUAUUUUAAUACUCAACUAUGAAAGACUCUGUGAAUAUAUGUAAAUAUGUUUAAUAAAUUUUAUUGGUCAUGUUAAA